CUGCUCUGCUCUGCUGGCUGCUCUGCUCUGCUGGAUAUCAUGGCAGCUCUACUACUCUACGUGUGUGUCACACUGUCUGCUUUUGGCUCUUCACUCUCACAAUCAGACUCCGCUCCUGUGGUGUCUGUGAAGAAUGGAACUCUCCGCGGAGCCUCCAUGAGCGUGAAGGGCUCUGAUAAGCUGGUGCAGCAGUAUUUGGGGAUCCCCUUCGCCCGACCCCCCCUGGGCAACCUUCGCUUUGCCCCCCCUGAACCUGCAGAGUCCUGGGAGGGGGAGAGGGACGCCACGCAGCAGCCUAACGUAUGUCUGCAGGUUCGAGAAGAUCUAUCCAAGAUGUCGUCGUUCAUGGGCAUAGAGUACACCGUCCCAGCAGUGUCUGAGGACUGCCUCUACUUAAACAUCUACACUCCUGCAAAGCCCACAGACACAGAGAAACUACCCGUGUUUCUGUGGAUCCACGGUGGUGGUUUUCGGCUUGGCGCUGCCUCCCAGUAUGACGGCUCAAUCCUGGCAGCUUAUGAGAACAUGGUGGUGGUCAUCGUCCAGUAUCGCCUGGACAUGCUAGGCUUCCUCAGUGUUGGGGAUGAGCAAAACCCUGAGGGCAACUGGGGGUUCCUGGACCAGUUAGCUGCUCUGAAGUGGGUGCAGGAGAACAUUGAGAGCUUCGGCGGAGACCCCAACUCUGUCACCAUCGCAGGGCAGUCGGUUGGAGGAGAGAGUGCCUCUUUCCUGGUGCUGUCUCCCCUCAGCAAAGGGCUGUUUCACAGAGUCAUAUUGCAGAGCGCCGUGGCAACAGUGUCAGGACCCUACACCCACAAAAGAUUAAAUGAUGCCAAGAUGAAAGCGGCUAAGCUGACAGGAUGUGACCCCAGCUCAGCAGAGGUCCUGGUCAAGUGUCUCCGGGAGAAAACGGAGGAGGAGCUGCUUGCAGCCAUGAAACAGCACAUCCCUGUAAGUGCGACAGUAGAUGGGAAGUUUCUGACGGCCCAAGCAGAGGAGGUGUUGAAAAGCAAAGACUUCCUGAAAGUCCCCGUUCUCUUGGGGGCGACCAACAACGAGGUGGGCUGGCAAGAACCAGAGCAUUUUUUGCCUCGAGGGUGGGAGAAAGGCAUCGAUCGUGCAACACUACUCGAUGGGCUGAAGGGAGGCUGGGACUCUGGAGCGACACCAGAAGCAUAUGAGAUCAUGAUAGACGAGUAUCUUAAAGAUGCCAAGACGCCAGAGGAGGCUCGCGACGCUAGCCUGCAGCUUCUGGGUGACUCGUUCUUCAUCAUGCCAGUCAUACUUGCUGCCGACUACUUCAGAGAUGCCGGUGUCCCCGUGUUCCUGUACGAGUUUCAGCACCCACCGGAGAUGCAGAAGGCCAGGCGGCCCAGCUUUGUAAAGGCCGACCAUACUGACGACCUCCCCUUUAUGUUCGGCGCCUGCUUCUGGAACGGACACGUGAAACUCAAUGGCACAACCACUGAGGAGGAGAACCAGCUGUGCAAGACCAUGAUGUCAUACUGGGGCAACUUCGCUCGCUCCGGCAAUCCAACUUGAGCUGCUAUUGUGAAUACUGUAUGUGUCCUCCU